ACUUCCCCUCCUACCAAUUCUAGUCGUUUUUCCCAAUUACUCAUCAUGUCUAGCUACGCGCUUCCCAAGUCCCACCAGGACCUCAUGGAGAAGUCCCUGGUGGACACUGACAAUGAGGUCGCUCAAAUCAUGGAGAAGGAAAUUCAGCGUCAACGCGAGUCCAUCCUCCUCAUCGCCUCCGAGAAUGUUACCUCCCGCGCCGUCUUUGAUGCGCUCGGUUCGCCCAUGUCCAACAAGUACUCUGAGGGUUACCCCGGUGCCAGAUACUACGGUGGCAACGAGCACAUUGACUCCAUCGAACUGCUCUGCCAGAAGCGCGCUCUUGAGACCUUUGGUCUUGACUCGGAGAAGUGGGGUGUCAACGUACAAUGCUUGAGCGGUAGCCCGGCAAACUUGCAGGCAUACCAAGCCAUCAUGAGGCCACACGACAGGCUGAUGGGUCUUGAUCUGCCCCACGGUGGUCACUUGAGCCACGGUUACCAGACACCGCAGAGGAAAAUCUCCGCUGUUUCCACAUACUUCGAGACGUUCCCCUACCGCGUAAACCUCGAGACUGGCCUCAUCGACUACGACCAGCUCGAGCAGAACGCCCUCAUGUACCGCCCCAAGGUCCUCGUUGCCGGUACCUCCGCCUACUGCCGUGAGAUCGACUAUGCCCGCAUGCGCGAGAUUGCUGACAAGGUCGGCUGCUACCUGUUGAUGGACAUGGCCCAUAUCUCUGGUCUUGUCGCUGCUGGUGUUAACAAGUCGCCCUUCCCAUACUGCGACAUUGUCACCACCACGACCCACAAGUCCCUUCGUGGACCCCGUGGUGCCAUGAUCUUCUUCCGCAAGGGCGUGCGCAAGACCGAUGCCAAGACUGGCAAGGAGACCCUAUAUGACCUCGAGGGACCCAUCAACUUCUCCGUCUUCCCUGGUCACCAGGGUGGUCCCCAUAACCACACCAUCACCGCGCUUGCUGUUGCGCUUAAGCAAGCCCAGACCGAGGACUUCAAGCUCUACCAGCAACAAGUCAUCAAGAACGCAAAGGCACUUGAGGUUGCCUUCAAGAAGAUGGACUACAAGCUCGUCACUGACGGCACUGACAACCACAUGGUCCUCCUGGACCUCAAGCCCUUUGCCCUCGACGGUGCCCGUGUUGAGGCCGUUCUCGAGCAGGUAAACAUUGCCUGCAACAAGAACACCACCCCUGGUGACAAGUCCGCACUUACGCCUAUGGGUAUCCGUAUUGGAGCACCAGCCAUGACAUCGCGUGGUCUGGGUGAGGAUGACUUCAAGAAGAUUGCCAACUACAUCGACUCAUGCAUCAAACUAUGCAAGAAGAUCCAGAGCGAGCUCCCCAAGGAGAACAACAAGCUCAAGGACUUCAAGAACAAGGUCGCAUCCGGCGAGGUGCAAGAGAUCAACGACCUGAAGAAGGAGAUUGCGGCCUGGGCCGUCACUUUCCCCCUUCCCAUCUAAAUAAUCUAUUGUUCGCGUGGCGUAAAGGCGUUUGGCGGGACAGGGUGUUUCAACAAAAGGAUCUAGACAGGCACGUUCAACAGCUCGCACCAAUUUUGGGUUCAUGAGGAAUGAUAUCAUGGUAUGAGAAAAGUUACAUAUCAAGGGGGGUUGAACGAUGCAAACCCCCGCUCAGCACUUGGCUUCUCCAGGUUGUUGCUUAACCAGCAAUAUGUAUGAAUAAGGGUCUUUGGACCCGUUAC